CCCACGCGCAUGUCCGGAGAUCCGGCGCAUCCAGCAGCAGGAGUCCUGUGGAGGAGGUAAAAACUUUAUUUCCCGUGUGAUUCUCUUUUUUUGUAAAACAUGAAGAUGGGAAAGACAGAAGCGGGCUGUGAGAAGUCCUCAGGUGUCCUGUAAGAACCAGCAACCGUUUCCACACCUGUCCGCUGAGAAAAGCAGGAGAAGGAACCAUGAUAGACCUGAGCCACCUGACGGAGGAGGAGCAGGCGAUGAUCAUGACGGUGCUGAAGAGGGAUGCUGAACUGAAGAAGGCAGAGGAGGAGAGAGUCAGGAAACUGGAGGACAUAGUAAACAAUACCUCCCAGUCUGACGCUAAACUGAAGUACCUGACAGGAGAGUGGUUUUACGAGGCCAAGUCACGCAGACACAGGGACAAGAUCCAUGGCUCGGAAAUCAUUCUGGCUUCCAUGAAACAAGGAAAAGCGGCUAGUUUAGAUGGUUCUCUUAGACUUGACAGACCCAAGGUCGUGAGCAGUCGAGCUUCAGACAUUGUUCCUCCACUGAAACCUGCCAGACAGCUGGAAGCAGAGCAGCCACAGCAGAUUAGUGAUGCAGAAAAAGAGAAUCAAAGUUCAGGGAUUCGCUCCCCGAGAAUGCCGAGGCAUAACCCUUUUAACCGUGCUUCCCUUGUUGUUGUUGAGCCUCCUGAAAAUAAUCAUUACCUGUCAGCCAGUCGAGACCAGGAGUCACUGGAGACAGAGCCCGUCUCUCCACUGAAGAAUCACCCAGCAGGUGAGGCCAAUCAGACAUCAGAGGGCUCCUCUGUAGGUUUCAGGCCAGUGCCAAAGAAGAGGACCUUUCUCUCCAGACGUCCUCUCAGUCCGUCUGAAAGCAAUGGUCUGGGGUUGGAUGCUCAGCCGGGGUCAGCGGGGAUUAUUCCUACACCACGAUGGAGGCUGCAGCGGGGAUCCAGCGGGAGCUCUAAUCAGUCUGGCCUGAAGAGCCAAAAUGAAAUGCCUCAAAGAAGUGCAGUGUCUAAUCAGGUAGCCCGGUCAUCCACAUCUGCAGAUGAAAACUCCUUGCAGUCACUGUGUGACAACUCUCAGGUUUCCUCCAAUUCAAGUCUGGAAAGACAGAGAAACCCAGCUUCUAUAACAAGAGACAGAGUGUCCAGAUACACAAGAAGUGAUGCGUCCACUGAGACGGGACCAUCGCAGAGGAGUGAAAAACGAGAUGACCAACCUCAAAGAGAGCUUCCACCUUUGAAUUUUGUCACGCUGCCUACCACCAACAUUCAGGACAAAGAAAACAACAGCCGUGUGGGGCCAGCGAUGAGGCAGGAGGAGCUGAGUUUGCCCCAAAACAUUGUGGAUCCAGAUCUCCCUGUAUCCUAUGAUCUCAACUUCGUUGAUAAGUCUCAUCAGCAAACCCAGAGGUCAAAUCAUGCAAAUGUGUUUAAGCUAUCCACUCAGGCCACCAGUCCCACUGGUGAGGAUGAGGAAUCCAUUGCAAAGGUGCUGGAGUGGUUCAGCCGCAGCACGGACAGCAGCGAUUGGCUAAAUUCAGACGAUCCAGUGGUUACAAAGAGCCCUGACAAACAUGUGGAAGUUAGUAGAUUAAGAGCUGAGGAUUUAUUGUCGAAAGAUGCUGUGGAUAUGAUAAGUGACAGGAAAAAGGAAACGCUUGAAACAAAGAGGAAUCAUUUGCAAAGACAGAUCAACAAUGACAAAGAGCUCAGAGCCGCUGACAGAAGAGGCAGCAAGGAAGUGAUUGAAUCACAAGAGGAGGUGAAGACGGGGACCAGAGAGAGAAUGCAUUCACAAGAUGUGAAAGACGAUGCCGAUGAAAGCCAACCACCUAAAAUAUCUUAUCUGAAGUCGUUCUGGGAGAAAAGCAAUACAGGCCCUAAAAUACUCAUUGGGAAGUCGGUCUCGUCUGGCGACAAAGGUCAAAAAUCCGCUCAGCUGACGACAGAGAAAAGUUCUGAUAUGGCGUUGGUUCCUGGAAUAUACAGCGGGAAUGAGAUUUAUGAUAAAUACGCUUCAAAUCCAAGUGAUGAAAGAGAAGAGCAGCUGCUAAUCACUACAGAUGUAGGAGAGAGUGCUCAUUUAAAUAACCACCAGCAAGCAGACAAUCUGGUGAUUAAUUUGCCCCAAGAGGGUAAUGAUGAUUCAACAUAUAAGUCAGAUUAUUUGAUGUUGCUGUCCAGUGAGAGAAGAGGUUCAGAUGCUGAGGUUUUUUGCACAACAAGAGCACCGGCAAGGACGGCCAUCAGUCCAGAGUCUGAGAGCAUCUCUUUAAUCAAACCUGACAGCUUUUCUGAACCAAGAGAAGUCCUGCUGCCAGAAGAGCUCUCAAAAAGUCUCCCUGUGUCUCAGCUGGAUACAGACCUUCUAACAAGGGCCAGCCUGGAUUCUGAGAAGCUCUGUUUAACCAGAAACAAUGUGUACAUGGACUAUAAGCAACCUGGGAAUGAUGUGCAGAUCACCACAAAAGCACAAAUUCAAAGAGGUUCAGGUGAGGAUAAAAGCAUUCAUUCGAGCAUGUCUCCAAAAAGAAAAGAGGAGUCAUCCAAUAAAGACAGGACUAACAGUCCUCAUCUAAAUAGGCAGGCGUUGCAAAACCAAGAAAGCACUGCAGAGCGAAUAAAGCAGCUCAAAUCCUUCUGGGAGCAGGAGAGGAACAAGCCCAUGUUUUAUACCGGCAAACCUAGAGCUUUCGGAGAUGGUAAGGUGGCUCGUGGAGCAAAUCAGGCGAAACUGAAUAAAAGAUUCACAAAAUCAGAAUAUGACCUGAGGUCAAUUGGCAAUGAGUCAGGUAGUGACGAUGAAAACUAUGACAAAAAUCAUCAAAAUUUUUCUAUUAUGCCGCUGAAUCAGAGAAUAGACAAGCUGUCUCCGAGCCUCGGCACAAGCCGGGCCCAGUUUAACACUCUACGCGAGUUCUGGGAUGAGGCCACAUCAGACUCCAAGGGAUCAUUUUCCUUUGACAAACCCAAAAGCCCCAAAAGGAAAGAGGGAAUAAGUGCCCAGCUGUCGUCUCAGGACGUAAAGGUUGUUGAUCCAGAGAUUUACAGACUAUCCUCUGCUGUCGAGAAAACAAGACCAGCCGUGAUGAAAUCAUCUCCACCUCCUCUGAAUCGAUCAAAGUCGCCACAUGACAGACAGACGGGCUCUGGGUCCAGAGCACUGGGUGAUGGCAAAAACAACCCACCUAAUUAUAACUCAACUGAGUCAGGCCAACAAAGAUUGUCCAGAAAGAGCUCAAAAGAUUCCAGCAGAGAGGAGAAAACUUCAAAACCACAAAACAGCUCAGGAAAAGAGAGUCGUAUUCCUAAGAGCAGAAAAGACAGCUUUGGUUGUUCGAGCAGUCGGGGUAAUUCUAUGCGCCGCGCCACCAGCAUGUUCGCUUUGAGCAUUCCCGAUGAAAAAGAUCAAAGCAAACUGAAAAUGGAUGUCAGCCCUGUUCACUCUCAGAGCAGAAAGCAAAGGCAGAACCCUGAGAAAGCUAUAGUGCCGAGACGAUCAGAGGAAACGGAGGCUCUGACUCCACGAGCACGCGCCUUUGUUCCUAGAGACUACCGGCACUACCUGGGGAUGACGGAUAAGACCAGCGUCCACACCUCACUCGCUCCGGCCGUGAAGGACGAGGGGUCAGAGGGCAAAUCUGGGUAUGAACUGGAUCUGACUGGGCCGGUGAGGGCCAGCACACCGGUUAGCUCUGAGGAGCGAUACAGCAGGAAGGUCAACAAGAUGAGUCAACGCCCCCUGUGGGCAAACUACAGCAGCUCAGACACUGGCCAGGAGUCCUCUGUGAGCAGCACGUCAGAAACCUGGUCCAACUCGAGAAACAGUUCAAAUCGUGAAAAUGAUGACGGUGACCAAAAUCCUGUAAGGAAAGCACUGCGGCGAGCAGAAGCACGGCCCAAAAAUCUGGCUAAAAGUAUGGAGGAUAUCACCGCAUCAUUAUCACCACGACAAGAAAGAAGACAGGACUCAACUUCUGACCUCAGGCGCGUUAACGAUGCUUCUGUUAUCGCAUCACCCUCCUCGGCCUUAUUUUCGGAUCCAGACCACCUGAAGAAGAUGAGCAAAUCAGUUCCUUCAUUCUUACAGAAGGAGGAUCCUGGCGAAACCACUGACUCCACCUGCGAGGACAGUUACCCCCGAGAGAGACUAAUAAUGGGCAGCUCAAUGUCUAACCUCACCAUCUCUUCUGGCAGGCCGUCUGUGUCUUCUCUAAGUGGAAGUGUGAUGACCAUGUACAGUGCAGACUUUGCGAAUGUGGAGGUCCAGGGAAGCAUCCAGUUCUCCAUCAACUACGUCCAGCGGCUCAGAGAGUUUCACAUUUUUGUGGCCGAGUGCCGAGACUUGGCUGCUGUAGACCCGAAAAGGGGCCGCUCAGAUCCGUAUGUCAAGAGCUACCUGGCGCCCGAUAAAGCUAAUCUCGGAAAGAGGAAAACAUCGGUAAAAAAGAAGACGUUAAACCCGACUUUUAACGAGAUCCUCAGAUAUCGAGUUCGCAUGGAGUAUCUCAGGACCCAGACACUCAUUCUUUCUGUUUGGCAUCAUGACACGUUUGGCAAGAACAGUUUCCUGGGCGAGGUAGACGUGGAGCUGUCUAAGUGGGACUUUGACCACACCCAGAUGAACUACUUAGCCCUGAAAGCCAGGACGACGCCCACGCUAGCGCCAUCAAAUGACCGAGGAGAGAUGAAACUAGCCAUACGUUUCCUGCCACAGAUCAUCCACAGCGAAGGUGUAGCUAAAGACAGUUGCAGCACUGGAGAGAUUCACAUUUGGGUGAAAGAAUGCAAGAACCUGCCUCUAAUCAGGGCUACCAUCGACCCAUAUGUAAAGUGCUUCGUCCUGCCAGACACGAGCAGGAAAAGUCGCCAGAAGACGCGUGUGCUGCGGAGGACGGUGGAUCCGGUGUUUAACCACACGAUGGUGUAUGAUGGCAUCAGAGAGGCUGAUCUAACAGAGGCAUGCGUGGAGCUCACUGUGUGGGACCGAGACAGGCUCGCAAGCAACCUGCUGGGGGGCCUGAGGCUGGGGACUGGAACAGGCAGAAGUUACGGAGCAGUGGUGGACUGGAUGGACUCGAGUCCUUAUGAGGUGGCGCUGUGGGAGCGCAUGAUGGCUACCCCGAAUGAAUGGGUGGAAGCCGUACUCCCGCUGAGAAUGCUGAACUCUGCAAAAACCGCUUUCAAAUAAAUAUCUCAAACUGUGACGAGUAUAAAGUAAAACUGCUUUUACAUUUCAAAGUUUAAAAAUAAAUGAAAGGCAGCGGAGUGAAACACUGGAGUCAUCAGUUUGGCAGAAAUUUUACAGAAACCUGUAGGCCACCCAGCAUAAAGGUGGUAUGAACACUUAGAGAAACCUCUGGAGGGUGAGUUUUGUUUUUAGACUCAUAUUCUUACACAGCUAUGAGAAUUAAGAAGAGGAUCGACCAAUGCCGACAUUAUUUUUAUAAUUCCAGCACCUUAAAGUUGUUUGUUCUGUUCUAAUGCGACACAGUAACGUCACUUUCACCUUGUCUUUUGCCGAACAUGAAUAAGACACUGGGUAUUUUUUAUGUGUAUUGUUAUUUGGAAGAACUUACACUUAGUAUAUACUACAAGUUAUCAAUGUUAUAUCACCUGGAAGUGCCAAUAUAGCCUUUGUUUACUUAGCUGAGUCUUCAGAAACAUGGCUUCUUGGACUAACAAUUAUUGACAGUAUUUUCAAAAAUAUAAUUCAAUCCAAAGACAGAUCUCACGUGUGAUGAACUGUUAAAGUGCCGUGUUAAUUAUAUUAACCACAAGUGCAAUAAAAGACAUUUAAUACAGAUCAUUUGAACAAGUCUGUCUUU